UUAAUGUUUUUUAAAAAUUGUGUAAAUAUUUGCUAGCAAUAAACCUACGUCUGUAGAAAAGUGUACGCAUUGGUAUUUCUUGCUGACGAAUGUGAAUAAUCUCCGUAUUGUUUUGUUACUUUCGUCGGUUUUUCGCGCAAAGUUCGGCUUGCCGUGUAUCCAUUUUUUAGUAAACGGAGCAAGAUUGCGGGCUGGUAUUAAUGAUUAUGUGAUAAGUGAAUAAUUUAUCAAAGCUGAAAGUAGUAAGCAGUGCUUACAAACCACCCAACAUGUUGAAGAUGCCACUAUUUGGAAGAGACCGGAAGAAGAAGGAAAACAAGGAGGAUAAACUGGCUAUAGAAGAAAAAUACAACCUAAAGGAUGUUUUGGGAACGGGAGCGUUUUCUACAGUCAAGUUUGCUGAGAGCAAAGCUAAUCCAGGUGAAAUGUAUGCAGUGAAAAUAAUUGACAAAAAGGCUCUAAAAGGAAAAGAGGACUCUUUGGAAAAUGAAAUAAAGGUCCUGCGACGACAUGCACGAACAAGGCGUUGUUCAUAGAGAUUUAAAACCCGAAAACCUACUGUAUUAUAGCCCAGAUGAAGAUUCAAAAAUAAUGAUUAGCGACUUUGGCUUAUCGAAGAUGGAAGAGUCUGGAAUAAUGGCAACUGCUUGUGGUACACCAGGAUACGUAGCGCCUGAAGUGCUUGCACAAAAGCCUUAUGGAAAAGCGGUUGAUGUAUGGUCUAUAGGAGUAAUUUCUUAUAUUCUUCUCUGCGGUUAUCCGCCGUUCUAUGAUGAAAACGACGCAAACUUGUUUGCCCAAAUCUUAAAAGGUGAGUAUGAAUUCCAUUCUCCUUACUGGGACGACAUCAGUGAUUCAGCUAAAGAAUUCAUCUCCCGCCUAAUGACUGUGCAUGUAGAUCAAAGAUUCACAUGUAAGCAGGCAUUAGCUCAUCCUUGGAUUUCAGGAAAUGCUGCUGCUACUAAGAACAUUCAUGGUACUGUUUCGGAGCAGUUAAAGAAAAAUUUUGCAAAAUCCAGGUGGAAGCAAACUUCAAUAUAUGAUACAAGCGGUUUUCCUCUCUAACAGCCGUUGCAUGCAGGGUGACGAUUUUAGGCAAUCGGCAAUUCACAAAUUUCCCGGGAGUGCUCACGUAGACGCAUAAAAUAAGGUCCCAGAUCUCAAUCCGAUAUGCUACAGUGUGUGUUAUAUUUGCGUGGUCUAUGUGUGGCCUGGCCUGGCUUGUAGGGCGACCAUUCCGCCGACGAGGUGAAAUCCGGAAAAUGGGUCCGGCAUUACAAGGCGUUUGGGCCGGAGCGGAAUCCUGUUGGAACGUUCCAUCCGCAUCAUCAAAGUGCUGCUGGUCCCACGGAAGUACGACGUCCUUGAUUGACGUUGAUUUUCACCCUCUGUUCCAUGAAAACGAAGGGGUGUUGUUCCAGACGCAAUUUCCAGCGGAAACCAUAACGGCCGUUAUUUUGCUAUGUUCGUCGAUGGCCAAUGUGCCGCGAGCCUCCGCAGACCAGCUCCUAUCGUUCUGGUGAUUGUGGGCUUGUUCAACGGUGGACAGCUUCUCAUCCGUGAAGAGGAUUUUCUCCCACUGAAGGGGAGCGUGGCGACGAAGAAGACGUUUGCAUCUUUCAAACCGUACGCGCUUGUUGUCGUCGGUGACGAGCUGAACUUUUUGGAGCUUGUAGGCCUUGAGAUGGAGAUCCUCUCUGGCUAUUUGGCGGAUUGAUUCCAUGGUGACCAACCUGAGAAAUCGCAAUGUCGCCAAAAAAAAAUAGAUUUAAAAAUCGCCGGUUUUGGCGCCAAGUAAAUUGAAACGAGAUAAACCAAUAAAAACAAAGCGGAACGGUUUAAAUCAAGCAAGAACUUUAGUUUUUUUAACAAGUUGAAUUGAAAUUAUAUAUGUUUACUUGUGUGUCUAAAAUAUAUUAAUGAGAAAUUGUCGCCAGCAUAAGCCAAUUUGGCGAUAAAUUACCACACCUGGUCACCCUGAUUUAUUCCCGAUUUAUAUCAGUCUCACGCGCGAUUUUUCUCAUGGAGACCCUCGGAUUUCGACUGAAACGUUGUCGGACGAGCUCCCGAUUCUUGACGGUUCUGACGGUGCGCUUUCUGCCGCUUUCUGGGCGGCGACCAGUAUGGUCAAGCUCUUCAAACCUCUUGAGCGUUCGUCGGACGUUAGAUUUGUCGAUGCCGAACGUUCGCGCAAUAUCAAUCAGACGCUUUUUCAAUUCAUGUAAUGCCAACAUUUUUUCUCUUUGGUUUGACAUCUUCAUAAAGUAGCUUAAAAAUGUCGAAUAAAAUUGAAACAGUACAUAUAUGUAGUAUUUUUAACGGAGAAUCGAAUAAGAACAUUAAAACCUUAAGAACUUAAAAAGUUUCAGUAAAAACUUAAUAAAUAUUCAUGUCACAUUCGUAACAAUUUCGUUGCCAUUUUUUUGUCACCCGGUAUUUUUUCGAGGUUUUCGUUCCGGUUUUCCUAUUGAGGACUAUAAUAGAUAGAUACUAUUGAGACACUACCAAGGUGACUAAAAGUGUAGUUAAAGAUACCUUUAUGUUAAAUUGGUCUGAUAUUAACUACUUCCAACUGAUGAGUUAACGGGCAUUUUUUUCGGUUGAUCUUUUUCAGGCAUUUCAAAAUGUGGUAUGCAUGUUUUCGAUUAAAUCUAAUGAAAAUUCCCUAAAACAUUUCAACUUUUCUGAUCAUAUUCUUAUCAAAUAGUGGCCGAUCUUCUCUGCUCGUAAUUUCUGUUUCCGAAUUUCUUAUUGAAAUCAAAGAGUUUUUCAUUUAUCAAAAAUGUGUCAGAAAUUCCUCUAUUAUUAAUUAAUCGGCAAAUAGCUAGCUAAUACGAUAUUACAUGUUUUAGUUAUCCUUAGAGAUCGAGCCUUGGUUUUGAUGCAAAUCCUGAAAGUAAUGUUUUAUUUGGCCAUGUGAUGUAUUCGUCAAUAUUCGAAUAUUAUAGGUCGGAAUCAUACUCCUUGACAUGUCGCCUGUAGUUAACCAUCUUUGGAGCGAACAUUUAUUGGUCGGGUGACUAAAACACGUAUCUUCAGCAUUAUAUACCAUAAACACCUUUUUCGUAUCUUAACGCCAGGUGCUACCUAAAUUCGGUAACUAGUUAUAACGCACUUGCCUUUUAAACAUUGAACCAAUGAUUAAGUUAUGGCUUCAGAUUUUUUUAGCUGAGAUUUGUUGUAAAUUUUAAUCCUAUUAAUUUACUGCAUGAAUUUCGUUUAGAGGUCUUUCUGCUUUUCUUCUCUCUUGUCCACUUUUAUUUUACUUCUUUACGAAUUUUGUCUUUGUACGUUUUUUAGUUCUCACAAUAUCAGUAAGGUUUUACCUCAUUAUUCUGCAAACCCUAUGCAAAAUAAAUCAAAUUAAAUGAACACUGUAUGCAACCAAUCAAAAAAAUAUUCUCCUCAUAUUCCGUUUUAACGGUCUCAUUAUUCCUAACAAAUGCAAUCAUUUCUUCAUGCACAGGUACGUCACUCUUCUAUAUUAAAUUAUGUGGAGCUGACGUGCUUCCUACCGAUAAUAAGUAUUUAUAUAUAUCUAUCUAUCUAUAAUAAUAUUCUCCGCCUAUCAAAUAUAAAUAAGUUUUAACAAUACUGAUUGCAUGUAUGUGAAAACCUUGGGGGCUGAUAUGUACGGCAAAUUGAAAAAUAACUGACGAAAAAUAAGACGACCCCACUUCAUUUAUAAUAAACACAUUAAUUAUUUUAUGCAGGUUGUUUUUAAAAACAUGUCAAUUAAAAAAUAAUCGCAAAACCGUAGCCAUUAUUUUCAUUUUAGAGUCCAAACUGCUUGUGUAGCGAAAAAAUACAAGUAAUGUUCCUUAUAUAGAAGAAAGCAGGGCAUUUUACAGGGGCGUGCAUUUUACAGUGGUCCAUGGAAACAGGGGAAGCACUACUUCCCCUAGCAUUCCUUAGAAGUCGACCAACCGAAAGUUUUAAGAAAUUGCCUGAUUAUUUUAUUUUAUUCAUUUUGUAAUAAACCGUAACAUUCUAACUGAAAGGGUCGAACCUCCAUAACAAAUGAGGCAUUGGCAAAACGCGUACAAAUCUUUAGGGUAGUAAUAAGCAGCAUACGCAGUUACAUACAAGAAGCAAGAAAGAUGCUGUUUUUAAUAAAAAUGGCUGGAAAAUUUUCAUUCAAUGAGCAAGUUGAUAUCCUAUUAGUAUUGGGGCAAAUCAUUUUAUCACAAAGACCGUACGUUUCGUCGUUCAUCAUACGGCAAUCUUUUUUUGGAAAAGGUCAGUGUUAAAUUUUUGAGCCCGUUUUUUUUUAGUUUCUUUCUUGCGUUCUUCUGUUUUGUUUUCUCUGGUGUCGUCUGAACUUUAUAAGUCUUGAAGCCCAUCUUGGUUUUGAUUCGACGUACGCUGCUCUCACGCCAAUAUACUUUAUUGUCCAUUUUCCGAUUGGAUAACUUAGGAUUUUUCUCCAAUUUCUCGACAACUUUUUUUCACUGUCUGUCGGCGUGUAAAUCCGCUUUUCCUACCCGAACUCAGUUUUCGGUUCACAUUUAAAGUUUGCUUGAACAGCUUGAUAAGGUUGGAUACGGUCGUUCUAAGUUGCCAUUUUUCGGUGGGUACACGAUGAAUUUUCUUAAAAAUUUCGAAUUACUAAUUCACGCACUUCUAAUUCCGCUAUUAUUUCUCUACUAAAAUAUAUGUACAGUUCGACGCUUAAUACGUCAAAAUUAUUUAGAUGUUGUAAGGAAGAUGAUUCACAUGAUCCACACACACCUCCUAUGAUUCGCAUUUUGUUUUUUUGAUUUUGUGAAGAGUUAGAACGAUUUUUUAUUGUUUCCGACUUAGUCCUUACUUAGAUUGUAGGCAGUGGCUCUGGUACUACUGUAAGUAGUAGUCGUAAGUAAAAUGUAUUUAAACAUUGGUUCCCUUCUUUCAAAUUUCACCGCACGCCAAUGGAAACCCAAAAAAAUUGUUGGACAAAAAACAAAAAGCAAACUUCUUUAAUGCAAAAGGUGCGUCUUUCGUAGCUAUUAAUCCCAGGUAAAUUUCGUUAAAACAAUUUCUUGUGUUUAGCAGCAGUUUAUUAUUUUGCGUUUGAUAAGUUAAAUUUCAACUCCUGCAAAUUCUUAAUGGGGCAUUUUUGGACUAUCGUUUUUAUAGCAUGCUGGCAGAGCUGGGCAAAUUACUUUGAAAAAGUGUUUAAAUACAAUUACCAAAUACUGUCAACAUUAAAAAAGUAAUUAACUACUAAUUAUUAAUUAGAAUAUGCCGGUAAUUGGUUAACAAAUACUUUUAGUAAAGUAUUUAAGAACACACACUUAGUUUGAGUUAGCUAGUUACUUAGUAAUUAGUAUUUAACUUCUCAACUGCCGUAUAGUACAGCAACAUCACUGAUAAAUCAUAUAUGUACUAUAUUUACCAAACUACAAAAAAAUAUAUGUUUUUAAACAUUUAAUAUCAUUCAGAAACAAUACAUACUUAAUAAUAUUUACAAAAAAAACAGAAUACGUAGCAUAUGAACUUAUGAAAUAGGAUAACAAUCAGACAAAAACUAAAAGAAAAGGUUAAAAUGUAUUAUUUAAUACCAAUUACCAUUAGCUUUUAAUAGCCCUAGGUUUUCAAAGUUUUUGUCUGAUAGUGCAUGGCGGCUAAGAGUAUUUAUAAAAGUGGCAUAAGAAAAUAUUCUCUUAACUGGUGCUGAGGAAGGUAAAGUGGUAUUAUACCACUUUCUUAAAAAUACCACUUUCACUAGAGGAUAUUUGUCCAGCUCAAAUCUGGGAUCUUGCAGUUAUUGCAAAGCUGGCAAUUCACUAAGCCGAUUUGAAUCAUAAUCAUUGGCUGAUGUACCCAAUUCUUUGUCAUCAAACUCAAAGAAGUUCAUGUUGAAUGAAGAACUCUUCUUAUCCAGUUCUGGAAGAGGCGUUUUUCGACUUUCAGCUGUCUCAUUAAUUGCCUUUACAAUUUUUUUUUUAAAUCAUCUUUUAGCAUUUGUAUUUUUUUCUUCCAUAUUCCAUAUUAAAUUUACCUAUUUUAGUUUAAAUCUGGGAUGGGUUAUAGAUGCAAUAAGUGCAUCUGUCGUGUCAGGAUGUAAAACCAAAAAUUUCUCGAAUCUUCUGGACACACACUAUGAGGCAUUUACAACGGAGUUCCAGAAUCUAAAUUUUUCGGUUUUUAGAUUGACCAACUUAGAUUUCAUGCUGGCAAUCGUAGGAUUAACUAAUCCAAAGUAAUUGUUUUUUUAACGUUGUAAUAUAUCAAUUGCUGAUGCAAUUAGCUCUAAAAUUUUUAGAUAUUCCGAUAAAUAAUCAAAGUCAAUCUCGUUUUAGACGUUAGUCCUUAUUUCUAAUUUGCCAUAGAGAAUUGUAAUUUUGUCUUUAACUUUCAAAAUUUGUUUUACCGAAUCAUACUGGGAAUUCCAUCUGGUUGCCGCUGGGUAGCUUAAAUAAUGACCCAGAACAUCUUUUAUUAUUUCAGCUGAUUUUGGUCGUCCUGCUUUAUUCCGUAGUUGGGAACAUUUAUUAAGAACCAGAGCGUGCUUUGAUCUGAGUGAUGGAGUUUGGUUUAUGAGUUUCAUAAAGUCUGUUGUUCCUAUAAGAUUACACGAAUGCGUUACGCUACGAUGAUGUUUAGGCAAAUUAAUUUGGGAUUUUACAACUUUUUUCUCACAGCUUUCCAUUAUUAGUUCUGUGUGCGAAAAAUGAUCAUCAGGAUAAGCCAUUGUACUAUCAAAAUCCGCACAUGACCCGUCUGCAUCUACCUCAAUCUAAUUAUCGCCAAGUGAGUUAAUGAGAACUGCUGGUAACACUCCAAAAUCUUGAAAAGCCUUCACAGGUUGGAUGCGUUAUUGCGUGGAUGCGGGGGGCAUUUAUGAAAGUAUUUACACAAAAUUUUCAAAUACUACUUACUAAUUACUUAUAGAAAGUAAUUGACGGUUCAAUUAUAAAUACCAUUCUUAAAAAAGUAAAAUACAUGGUAUUUAACUACCAAAAAGUAUUUAAAUACCAAAAAGUAAUUUAAUUCCUAACUACUUGCCCAGCUCUGCAUGCUGGCCAAUUUUUACACGUAGAAUAUGAGGUUAAAAUAAGGCUCUUUCGUCAUAAACACCUUGUUUAGAAAAUCAAAUGUAUAUUUUUGUACUUUUUAAAAUGCAUAAGUACUAAUACUGUGUUUCUGGUAUUUAGCAAGCUUACCACGCAACCACUGUAAUACAAAAAAUGAAGAAAAUGGCC